GCGCUGAACACGCAGAGUCAAAAGCCCACUGCCGCACUUUUACCGUCACCUUAAGUACUACUGCCGCAUUUAGAAGCUGUCAUUUCCAGUAGCAGCGACUGCAACGACGAGGACAUCAGCCGUGCUUGUGGAAAGAUGUUUUCCCGGUAAUUUCGACAGUCCAGAAUUGCCGCAAGACAAAAAACCACGGGGAAGCUGUGCUUCAUACAUUGAGCAAUAGAAACCCUUUUCUAGAGUCGACGGCGGCAACACAUACAGAGAAUUAAAAUGAAGGCAUGGCAGGCUGCGCUGUUGAUUUUUACGGCAAGCUAUGUGUCAUCUAUUUGUGACGAAUGCUGGCGAGACAACGAAAGGAAAGUGAUAUGUUACGAAUACGAUGUGCCGGAAGAUUUGUGCCCCGAUGUUCCUUUGACAUAUUGCAAUAAAAGAAGGCGGCGAUGCGUUUGCGGCUGCAAAUAUGGAACGUUUAGGAGGAUGGACUGGGCAUGCGUGCGGUAUAGAGAAUGCGAACGCAGCACGACGGAACCAAUGUCCUUUCUCAAGACAAAUAGACAUCUCUAUCUCGUUGAUAAGUCGGACGGGAUAAAUUUCGGAUCUCCAGUCAGAUGGAUGACAACCACAUACUCCUGGAGUAGCACAGACAUCGUUGUGCACGAUGUGUUUUAUCAACUAGCAAUACAAAAUAACAACCAAAUAGUCUGCGUAAACAAGACAAUGGAGCUUAAGUUUACAAAUUACGGUCAUGAAAAACUGGUGAUGCUGGUACAAGGAGGAUUUCUACGUGGCACUACUACAACUUUCAAGUUAUACCUUACUCGGAAUGAUUGCUUUAUCAUAGGCAAAUAUACCCCAGGCCGAAACGAUAGAACAGAUUGUAUGGUUUGGUCUCCAAAAAAACACUUUCAAUCGUUAUCUUGGCAAUGCAAGUUCCUAUUUGAACAACACUGUCGAACCAACUAUACGUUUCCUAUAUAUACACCCGGGGACGCCAUCGAAUAAAUAAUAAACCUGCUGUCCGGCCCGGAGGUUAAUUUCGCUUUUCUAAUUUUAACUGUAGAUAUCACACUUGUAUGAACAACAAAUAAAAAAAUGACUUUUAAGACUCAUGUUUCGCAUAAACUAUCAAGCUCUAGGAUC